UUGCCCCAGCUGAGCGGCAGGUGCCGGCUGAGGCCCCAGGGCCGAGGGGCCAUGAGGGCGGCUCUCUGGGCCUUGGGAGUUGGGCCCCUUCUCCUCACUCUCUGGGCGGUCCCCAUCGGUGGGCCGGACAACCUGAGGCUGGCAAACAGACACAGCCCGUGUGAUGGCGUGGUGCUGGUCCAACAUGAGGGCCAGUGGGGACACGUGUGCAACCGGGAGUGGACGCUGGCGGAGGCAUCCGUGGUCUGCAGGCAGCUGGGCUGCGGCCGGGCCGUGGGCGCCCCCAAGUAUGUCCCGCUGCCCGGAGAGAGGGAGCCGGCCGUGCUCCACAACGUGUCCUGCAGGGGCGGCGAGUCCUCGCUGUGGGAGUGCAGCCUCGGGGCGUGGACGCGCAGCCCCUGCCCCCAUGAGUGGAUGGUGGUCGUGCUGUGCUCGAACGGAACUUUUCGGGAGAUCCGGCUGGUGAAGGGCCGGAGCCCCUGCUCGGGGCUCCCCGAGAUCAGGAACGCGAACAGCGUGGACCGCCUCUGCGGCCUGCACGAGGAGGAGGCUACCGUGUUCUGCCGGGAGCUGGGCUGCGGCCCUGCGCUGCAGGCUUCCCGCCAUGACGCGGGCGGCGGCAGGAAGUACAUGACGUGCGAGGGCACCGAGCCGACCAUCCGAAACUGCCGGCUCAACAGCCGGCUCCGCAGCGGCUGCGACUUCCAGCAGGACAGGGAGGUGGUGUGCUCAGGACACACUGAGGCCCGGCUGGUGGACGGCGAGCACCCCUGUGCUGGGCGCCUGGAGGUGCGGCGUGGCCUGACCUGGGGCACCGUCUGUGACGACGACCUGGACCAGGCCACGGCCCACGUGGUGUGUCGGGAGCUGCAGUGCGGCUCGGCUGUGUCCACGCCCCGGGGCGCCCACUUUGGCCGGGGUUCCGGGCCCGUGUGGACGGAGGCCUUCCGCUGCGUGGGCAACGAGUCCCUGUUGUUCCACUGCCUCCGGGGGCCUGGGCACCAGUGCGGGCACAGCCAGGACGCCGGGCUCAGGUGCUCAGAGUUCCGGCUGGUCAACGGCAGCAGCCGCUGUGAGGGGCGCGUGGAGCUCCAGGUGGAGGGGGCCUGGGCACCCCUCUGUGCCGCCCACUGGGACUUGGCAGAUGCCACUGUCCUCUGCCACCAGCUCAAUUGUGGCGGCGUGGUGGCCACUCCUCGAGGAGGCCAUUUUGGGCGCGGGGAUGCUCCCAUCUGGCCCGACAGGUUCCACUGUGUUGGGACGGAGCCCUAUCUGUGGAAUUGCCCAGUGAGCACCCUGGGGGCCCCCGCCUGUGCCCCGGGAAAUGCUGCCGCCGUGGUCUGCGCAGAUCUCCUCCACGCCCUGCGGCUGAGGGACGGCCAGAGCCGCUGUGAUGGCCGCGUGGAGGUGUCUCUGGACGGUGUGUGGGGCCGCGUCCUGGACGAUGCGUGGGACCUGCAGGACGCGGGUGUCGUGUGCAGGCAGCUGGGGUGCGGAGAGGCGGAACGAGCCUAUGACGCGCCCGCGCCGAGCCGAGGGGCCGGCAGGGUGGGGCUGAGCCACGUGCGCUGCCUGGGCGCCGAGACCCGCCUGACCCAGUGCAACGUGUCUGCGUCCCAGCUGGCGUCCUCGGGGGCUUCGCGGGACGUGGGCGUCGUGUGCUCCGGUGAGUGAGGACCCCGGGUCUCCCCAUCCGCCCAGGGGGGCGGGGCUGGGUCCGCCCUUACUGCCUCUCUCCGCAGGGAGCCACCGGGUGCGGCUGGUCGCGGGGCCCGGCCGCUGUGCGGGGCGGUGGAGGUGCUCCACGCCGGCGAGUGGGGCACGGUGUGCGACGACGGCUGGGACCUGCGGGACGCGCACGUGGUCUGCCGGCAGCUGGGCUGUGGCCACGCCCUCCGCGCCCCGGGGGCCGCUCACUUCGGGGCGGGCGCCGGGCGCAUCUGGAUGGACGAGCUUGGCUGCGGGGGCCACGAGGCGGCGCUGUGGCAGUGCCCCGCGCGGGGCUGGGGCCGGCACGACUGCGCGCACAAGGAGGACGCCGGCGCCUUCUGCUCAGGGUCGGUGGCCCUGAGGCUGCGGGGCGGCGCCCAGCCCUGCGCCGGGUGGCUGGACGUGUUCUACAACGGCUCGUGGGGCGCCGUGUGCAGUAACGCCCUGAGGGACGCCUCCUUGUCCGUGGUCUGCCAGCAGCUGGGCUGUGCACCAGGGCUGGCUGGAGAACAGGCCCGUCCACGCGGGCCUGGGCGUCUCCUGGGUGGACAGCGUCGAGUGCCGCAGGCUGCGGAGCUCCACGCUGUGGCAGUGCCCCUCCGCCCCGUGGGACCCGCACUCCUGCGCCCGCGGAGAGGAGGCCUGGGUCACCUCUCCGCCUCCCAGUCCCGCCCUGUGGUGGCCACGCCCCCUUUUCCGGAGGAGGGCACAGUGCGCGUGCGCGGGGGCGAGGACCGAUGCUCAGGCCGCGUGGAGCUCUGGCUCGCCGCCUCCUGGGGCACCGUGUGCGAUGACUCCUGGGACUUGGCGGACGCGGAGGUCGUGUGUCGCCAGCUGGGCUGCGGCAGGGCCGUCAGCGCCCUGGCAGGGGCCGCCUUCGGUCCAGGCUCAGGGCCCGUGUGGCUGGACGAGGUGGGCUGCCGGGGCAGCGAGGCAUCCUUGUGGGACUGCCCGGCGGAGCCCUGGGGACACGCGGACUGUGGGCACAAGGAGGACGCAGGCGUGCGCUGCUCUGGUGACAGGGGGGCCACGGUCCGGCCACCAGUGUCGGGCCCUCACCUGACCCCACUACCUGCCCUCAAGGCUGGGACGCUGCCCAUGACCUUCUGCAUCAUCCUGGGCACCCUCCUGGGCAUCGUCUCCCUGCUGCUGGGGGCGCAGUGGUGCCGCAGAGCAGCCUGCAGGGGUUCUGGAAUGUUGGAGAAUCUGCCUUCGGAAGGCGUUUAUGAGGACAUCGGAGCUGUCCCCAUGGGGGAGAAGGUCGAGGGGCCCAGUGUGCCCCGGGACCUGGUGCUGGAGGAGGACUAUGACGAUGCCUGGGAGCCGCAGCGUGGCCCCGAGGAGGAGGAGCAGGAGCAGGAGGAGCAGGAGAGGGUGCCCUUGAGCGCGGCGGGUGGGCUCCUCGCAGCCUGGGCGCCAGAGCUCGGGCUGGGGCGGAAGACCUCGCCAGCCCCUGUCACAGGAUGUGGUGGCCGUGAGCUGGCCUUGGGGGGCACCAGCGAGACUCCCGGGGACUCCCACUCUCCUCGUUUCUAAA